AUGAAUGUCAGUACAGUUGAAACUGAUCAACGUCUAGCUGCAGUGGAAACGAAGAAGUUCAAUAAACGCAAGAAGAAAGAAACCCAGGAACAUCUCCAUCAUCUUCAGCAGGAACAGUAUCACCGUUACGGUCACACUCGUUUCGAAUGGGUUCAACUCGUCUCCACACUUGCCGUCCCGAUCGCGAUCGGCAUCUUUACCGUUAUGAGCAGUUUUCAACAGAUAAAUCAAAGUAAAAAUCAAUUCGAUGUACAACUGCGUAUUGCAGCGGAAAACAGACAGAAGGAUUUGGAGAUUGCGGUGGAAAACCGACAGAAGGAUCUUAGGAUUGCUUCUGAGAAUCGCCAGAAGGAUUUACGGAUUGCAGCGGAGAAUAGAAAGAAAGAUUUGAAGAUAGCAGCUGUACAGUUAAGGAUUGCCAGUGAGAACAGGCAGAAGGACAUUAGGAUUGCGAAUGAGACGAGGCUGAAUGAUUUGCACAUUGCAGCCGAGAACCGUCGAAAGGAUAUAGAGAUUGCCGAGGAAAAUCGUCGUAAAGAUCUGACAAUAGCGGAGCUGCAAAUUAAUAUAGCAGCUGAUAAUCGACAAAAGGACAUACGUAUUGCUAACGAAACACGGCAGAAUGAUUUAUUAAUUGCAGCGGAGAAUCGACGAAAGGACAUUGAAAUAGCGGCGGAAAAUCGAAGAAAAGAUGUGAAAAUUGCCGAAGUUCAGAUCGACAUUGCUGCGGAGAACCGACAGAAAGAUUUGAGAAUUGCUAAUGAAACGAGAAUGAAUGAUUUACAUAUCGCUGCUGAAAACCGUCGAAAAGACAUCGAGAUUGCCGAGGAAAAUCGUCGCAAAGAUCUCACAAUAGCUGAAGUUCAGAUCAACAUUGCGGCCGAUAAUAGACAAAAGGACACACGUAUUGCCAAUGAAACACGUCAGAACGACCUGCUCAUCGCAUCCGAAAACCGUCGGAAAGACAUUGCAAUUGCAAUCGAGAAUCGACGUAAAGACUUCAUUAUUGCCGAAGAAAAUCGUCGUAAGGACAGGGAAGUGGCCGAAGACCAACAGAAGCACAGUAUUAUCACGGAAUAUCAAGAUUUUCUCGGCGAAUUACUUUUGAAAGAAGGUAUCCAUCUGAACAAUACGAACAAGGAAGCAGCACGUUUUGUCUUACAUCGUUAG